ACGCGUCUGUCUCCGGUGUGACGUGUACCGGGAGAGGCGAUGCUACCGGUCCUGCUGCCCUGCGCUCCUCCUGCUGCUCCUCCUGCUCCUCCUGCUCCUCUUCCCAGGCCGCGCGCGGACUGACGGACUCAACCCGCACCCGACAACGCGCGCGCGCACCCAGCAGCAGCGGGAGGACUACACACAGAGCCUCGGUCCGGACCUCCAGCGGUACCAUCAGCGGCAGCGAGCCCAAGGCGUGGCCGGUGGGCAUGGUUUUGGAGGGCAGCUCGGAGGCGCUGUGUCCCCCCCCCCCAUCUCUGGAGCUGCGCCCGUCCUGCAACAAGAGCCAGCCCUCUCCUCCUCUGGGCUCCGGCUCGCAGCCCCACGACGGACUCUUCCCCGACGACAAGGAGCCCGUCAAGUACGGCGAGCUCAUCGUCUUAGGGCACAAUGGCUCUCUGGCCAAUGGGGACAAGGGACGCAGAAGAAGUCGCCUGGCCCUCUACAAGAGGCCGAAGGCCAACGGGGUCAAGCCCGAUGUCAUCCACAACGUCUCCACCCCUCUGGUGUCAAAGGCACUCAGCAACAAAAGCCAGCACAGCAUCUCGUACACACUGUCACGGAGCCACUCGGUCAUCGUGGAGUACACACACGACACCAACACAGACAUGUUCCAGAUCGGUCGGUCCACGGAGAGCAUGAUCGACUUCGUGGUGACGGACACGGCGGCCAGCAGCGGCGGCGGCGGUCCGGGCGGGGGCUCGGCGGGCGAGGGUGGCGGCCAGUCGGCGCAGAGCACCAUCUCCCGCUACGCCUGCCGCAUCAUGUGCGAGCGCAGCGCUCCCUACACGGCGCGCAUCUACGCCGCCGGCUUCGACUCCUCCAAAAACAUCUUCCUGGGGGAGCGCGCCGCCAAGUGGCGGACGUCUGACGGGCUGAUGGACGGCCUGACCACCAACGGCGUGCUGGUGAUGCACCCGGCCGGGGAGUUUGUGUCGGAGCCGGCGCCCGGCGUCUGGAGGGAGAUCUCCGUGUGUGGGAACGUGUUCGCCCUGAGGGAGACACGCUCGGCCCAGCAGAGGGGCAAACUGGUGGAGAACGAGUCCAACACCCUCCAGGACGGCUCCCUGAUCGACCUGUGCGGGGCCACGCUGCUCUGGAGGACCCCUGCCGGCCUGCGCCACACCCCCACCCUCAAACAGCUGGAGUCCCUCCGCCAGGAGCUGAACGCCGCCCGGCCCCAGUGCCCCGUGGGCUUCAACACGCUGGCCUUCCCGAGUCUGGCCCAGCGCGAGAUCGUGGACAAGAAGCAGCCCUGGGUCUACGUCAACUGCGGCCACGUGCACGGCUACCACAACUGGGGCUACCGCAAGGACAAGGGCCCCGGGGGCCCCGCGGGCACGGCGCCGGCCAGCACUGGGGAGCGGGAGUGCCCCAUGUGCCGGCGAGUGGGCCCCUACGUGCCGCUGUGGCUGGGCUGCGAGGGGGGGCUGUACCUGGACGCCGGGCCCCCGACUCACGCCUUCUGCCCCUGUGGCCACGUGUGCUCAGAAAAGACAGUGGUGGGCUGGAGCCAGAUCCCGCUGCCCCACGGCACCCACGCCUUCCACGCCGCCUGCCCCUUCUGCGGCACCUGGCUGACGGGCGAGCAGGGCCACAUCAAACUCAUCUUCCAAGGGCCCGUGGACUGAGGGGCGGAGGAGGUGGAGGCGCGUGCUCCAACACGCUGAACACUGGCGGCAGGGAGGAGGAGCGCCGGCGUGGUGAAGCCGGGAGGAGAGCGCUGUACGGGAAUAACGUGUAAAUAAAUGGUGUUGAAAUGAAA